GAGGGAGAGCGGGCGAGGGAGUCAGGACAGGAAGCUGGUUUCUCAUUCCUCCCGCUGUCCGACGGCAGGAGGAGGGGAAGGGGGGGAGCCAGCGAGGAGCCUCGCACAGGCUCUUCCCCAGUCCCUUUCCAUUAGUCCGCUGGAGGACCUACUCUCCUCCAAAAGCUGGGAGAAGGAAGACCAGAGCGGGACGCUUGCGGCUGGCGGCAGCGACAGCCUGGCUGACGAAACCCAGAAGGGUGACUGCAGAGCGUCCCAGGGCUGCUCUGAGGGACAGAAGUUCCCACUGCCACCACUGCCUGCCCUCAUCUCACCAGCUCGGAUGCGGGCACCCGUCCACCAGCCGCUUCCCCUCGAUGCGAAGCCUUCCGGGAGUGAGCUAUGAUCGCUGCUGGGCAGCCUCCUUGCACCCUGACCUUCUCCUGCCACCGGAGCAGCCCAACAUCUGGUGGGGAUUAAUGUUGAUUUCUCUGUCCGGACACCGUGUGGGACCCCCGAUGCUACCUCCCAGGAGCGGGACGCGGGCGGUGGUCUGAGAAGAGCCAGUUUUUGUCGCCCCGCACCAGGCCGGGGGGUGGGGGGGAAGGCAGGAGGGGGGUGAACCUCUUUUGGGACUAACCUCAUGAAGAACAAGGGAGCCAAGCAGAAACUCAAGAGGAAGGGAGCCGCGAGCGCAUUCGGCUGUGACCUGACGGAGCAUCUGGAGAGCUCUGGGCAGGAUGUCCCCUAUGUGCUGAAGAGCUGUGCGGAGUUUAUUGAGACUCAUGGCAUCGUGGAUGGGAUCUAUCGCCUCUCAGGAGUGACAUCCAACAUUCAAAAGCUGAGACAAGAGUUUGUUUCUGACCAAUGCCCAGACCUGACACGGGAAGUUUACCUCCAGGACAUCCACUGUGUGGGGUCACUCUGCAAGCUGUACUUCAGGGAGCUGCCCAACCCUCUGCUCACUUAUGAGCUCUACAAGAAAUUCACGGAAGCAGUAUCACGCUUUCCCGAGGAUGAGCAGUUGGCACGGAUACAAAAUGUCAUCCAGGAGCUACCACCAUCACAUUACAGAACACUGGAAUACCUGAUCAAGCACCUGACUCACCUGGCCUCCUUCAGCAGCAUGACCAACAUGCACACCAGAAACCUGGCCUUGGUGUGGGCUCCCAAUCUCCUCAGGUCAAAGGAGAUAGAGGCUGUUGGCUGCAAUGGAGAUGCAGCUUUCCUGGAAGUGCGAGUCCAGCAGUUGGUGAUUGAGUUCAUUCUGAACCACGUGGAUCAAAUCUUCAGCAACAGCAGAAAAGCCAGCUCUGCUGAGAGCAUUGAGAAUGCACCAGUUGUGAAAAAUCUGACUCACCCGUCCACCUCCCUGCCAAUGAAGCUGGUGAGCCUGGAAGAAGCACAGGCUCGGAGUUUGUCAGCCUCCCACCCUGCCCGGAAGGAGAGGAGAGAAAACAGCUUGCCUGAGAUUGUCCCUGUAACGGGGUCCUUUUUCCACACAGUUGUUGACCUCCCUGACAGCAAGAGAAAAUUAUCUACCAAGUCCAAGAAAUGGAAGUCGAUAUUUAACUUGGGCCGUUCUGGCUCAGAAUCAAAAUCUAAGCUGAGUCGAAAUGGGAGUGUCUUUGUAAGGGCACAGAAGUUAUCUGAAAAAGCAACUAUUCGUCCCGCGAAGAGCAUGGACUCACUUUGUUCCCUGCCUGUGGAAGGGGAGGAUGACAAGAGCAGAUUCAAACGGACAGUGACUACUGGAGGGUUUUUUGUCCCGGUGAUGAAAAUUCGGACAGGAGGCACAGGCAGCUCAUAUGACCUCAGCAAGGAGAACGAGUGGGAGCGGGAAGGAUCUGCCAUGGGAGCCAAAGGAAACUCAGAGCUGAGUGGGGUAAAAACUCCCUGCCGGACAUCGCAGGCCAAGUGCCCCCCCGAGCAGCUGAAAGUCUUCCGGGCAGCAGAAGAUGCUGAAAACGAGCAGACGUCCCCCAAAGGUGGCCGCAUGUUCUACACCUCUGAAACAGCUGCCAAAUCAGGCUUUCCCACUAGUCUCUUUCCCUUGGAGGCCUCCCCUCGGCACCAGAGGAAAGCGCUGAACAUCUCAGAGCCCUUCGCUGUCUCUGUCCCACUUCGGGUGUCUGCAGUUAUCAGCACCAACAGCACCCCAUGCCGUCUACCCACCCGGGACAAGCCUUCCCUCUCCAGCCUCGAGGAGCUGUCUUCCCUGGUGCCCGAGAGCCCCAGCCCCUCUACACUGGAAGGUGGAGUCCACAUGAAGAUGGAGCAGGCCGCAGAGAGGAAGGAGAAGUCACCUGGGCCUCUUCUGCCAAUGGCAGCAUCCAGAGGUUCUCUCUCUGAGGAACUAGCAGUCGCCAGAAAACCGGAGACCUUAGAAAUUGCACAGCCAGCAGCAGAAAAUCAGGAGACGUUACAUGGGCAGAGCAACAGCACAAGCAGCCUCCAGCAAUCCUCAGAGCAUUGUCCUACUGUGGAGCAAGCGCCAGCCUCAGACACUCAUACAGGGCCACUCCCUGCAGUUAAGACAGAGCAAGAGAGGCUCGAGAUGAAGACCAACUCUCCAGAAGUCAGUUGCAGCCAGCAGGAGAUCCAGAAGGCUAAGCCAGAGGAAGGGUCCUGCGUAAAGGAUGCGACUGAGGAGGAUCCUGCAAAUGCCCUUGUAGAACCACUGUGGCCAGAGAUACAACAUGAAUUGAAAAUAAUAGAACCUGAAGAAGAACUCUUGCUCUUUCCAGCAGCUGCCCCCAAGACAGUUCCAGUUUCUGAAUCCUCUUCUUCAGUACAAUCAAAUAGUUUUUCCUCUGGUCCAGAGCAAUGUUCUACCCUGUCUGAGCAGAAAUCUGCAGGCAGAACCCCACAGACCACAACUCAGGUGCCUUUAUUUGGUGCCACCAACACAGAACGACCAGACAGCCACCAAAACUGCCAGUCUGAGGUGGCUGCACAGCAGAGCUGUGCUUCAGUCCUACCCAAACUGGGAACUCCCUUGACUGGCAUUGCUGCUCCAAAGAAUCACCACCCAGUGGUGGAAGACAGUAUGAGUGAAUGUGUCUCUCCUCCCUUGGAAUGGAAUUUUCGUAGUCAACCAGAAGCUAAUGAGCUUCCUCCAGGAGAUGAAUUUUCUCUUUCCAAAGGAGCACAUUCAGAAUCAGAGAAAGGAAAAGACAACACUUGCCAGCUGCAGAAGGAAAGUGAUGAUCAUACCAGAGUCCAGACUCAAAGUGGGAUGCCUGAGAUAGCGACUGCUGAUGGAAGGGACACAUACUCCUCCAAGGCACUGAAUGGAGCUGGAAUCCAGGAGCUGAAGGAGGGCAGUGCUGUCAGCAGAACUCAUGAUGCUGGUGACCAGGAUGACGAGGAUAACUGGGCAGAUAAUGUGCAGAGCUUAGAGCUCGUGGAACCGUGGGAGGAUCACCAAUGGGUCACAAGCCCACUCCAUUCUCCAACCUUUAAGGACACUCAGGAGAAGACAAUACCAGAGUUUCAGCCACAAGAUCAGAGAUCAGAGGCAGGCCUUUCUCUUAGACCACGAUUCAGUCGCAGCCUCUCUCUGGAUAGUAAAGAUACAGUGAUGAGUUUGUGGACUAUCCCAUUCUCUUUCAUAGAUGCCCCUGAACAGCAGCAGCCUUGCAGUGACAUUUUGCCACUGGCUCAUGAACUGCCCAAAAAGUCCAGCUCUCCAACUAGCAUGGGCAAAGCUAAGCAAGAUGAGAGUAGUAUGUGUUUUCCGGAAGAACCUCUGAAAACUAAUGAGCUGAGGUAUCCCAUCAGCAGGGAGGAAACACAAGCUAAGCAAGAAGAACCCUCCAGAAUCCCUCUUCCAGAGCCAGAGAGAAAAAAAAUGGAUGUAAGCAAGGAAAACCCUUGGAGGUCAAAGUUUGAGCCAUCUUUACCGUACCAAAAUGCCCCAGACAGUUCUUUACAAGCAAAGAUCACAAAGGAGGAGUCAUCCAUGUCUCGGGACAUUGCCCUGGCAGAAGACAGUGUUACCAAAGUGUGCUCUGCCACUGAAUCACUUCAGAGUAAUAAAGAUGAAGAAACACCUCGUAAAGUGAAAACUAGGCCGUCAUCCCUUAACUUGGAUUCACUCCUUCCAGCUCCAGAUUUCUUAACAUUUGAGAGCCUGGCCAUGCCUUCUGCCACUGGGAACUUCCUGUAUGGGCAGAAGGAAGUGAAAAGCAGUGAUUCAGUCCCAUCUCUGUCAACUACCUGCCCUGCUGGCAGUAAAGGCGUUUCCUGGCGCUCUCCUUUCAGUGCCCAUGUAGAUCUAGAUUUAGAUUACCUGGCAGUGGCCCACGCCACCACUGGCCGUCGUAACUCUGCCCCUGUCAGUGUGUCAGCGGUCAGGACCUCCUUCAUGAUUAAGAUGUGCCAGGCAAGAGCUGUGCCUGUGAUACCACCCAAGAUUCAGUACACCCAGAUUCCCCAGCCCCUGCAGGCUCAAAAUUCUGCUCCACAAGUGGAGAAGAAAGAAACAGAAGCCAAACAGGUUGGCAGGCAGACUCAACGAGUGGCAUGGGGCCAUCUGGAGCCCCCCAAGAGCCCACUGACAGAGAAGAAAGCCAAAGCGGAAAAAGAAAACAGUGACCCAGCUCAAAAAGACUCAGUGUGCCCCUGGCACAGCAGCCUUGGCUCUCCACUGGAGUCGUCUCAGUCCAGCCAUAACCCUAGCUUGGAUGCCCCUGUUCUGCGCCGAAAGCGUACUUCUGAGGGGGAGACAGGUGGAGAUAACCCCCAGUCUUCAAAGAUGGAGAGGCCGUCAGGGUUCUCCAAGCCUUCCUAUAGAUCUAGGCCUGGGAGGCCCCAGAGUUUGAUUCUCUUCAGUCCCCCUUUCCCCAUUAUGGACCACCCCUCCUCUUCAGCAGACUCCAGGGUGUUGUUAUCACCCAUAAGAAGCCCUACUCAGACCUCCUCUUCGAGUUCCAUUUGUGGUGAUCUGUCUGAAACUUCGCGGACCACACCUGAGGGAGUGAUGCUGCGGAACAAAAUGACCAUCCCCAAGAAUGGCCAGAGACUGGAGACUUCUACCAGCUGCUUUUACCAGCCACAGAGGCGCUCUGUGAUUCUGGAUGGACGAAGUGGGAGGCAGAUUGAAUAGUAAAUGCUUCCCUAGCUCCUUUUCCAUGGUGGAUGGGAUGGGAGUGUCCACACCAAGACCAACUCUGUUUCCAUUUUGCUGUUGUUAUUAUAUAUUGUUGUGCAAGAAGAACCCAAUCUUUACCAUUUCCUGCAAAGUAUCUUGCUAUGGAGGGUCAGUCUUUUUGUCUUGCUUUUCCUUUACUUACUUACCCCUUUCUAGUUCCUCACCGUCUACUUUUUUUUGUAAGCAAUUCCGAAGGUAUAUUCUUGUUGUCUAACAAGCCCUGUGGAAGCCUUAUCCUCUCUACAGAAAACAAAGGAAAAAUAAAUCUUGGAAUAACUACAGAAUGGGGCUGGGGAGGGACGCUGUUCGAAAGCACUGCAGCUCCGGAUGUAGAUAAGGUGAGGAGGUAAGUUCAAAUGUUUGGAACCUCUUUCUGUCUUUUCCUCACAGCCAGUGAAUGGCCAUGUCUAUCUAUCUCUGCUGUAUUCUUUGGACAGUAUAAGUCAAUAUUGUAGGAAGCAGAAUAGCUGAAGCAGAAGGUGAAGCUGGCAUGAGCAAGACACAAAAGGUGUAAGACAGCCAGGGAUGUUCCAGUAGCAAAUAUGCAACCCAAAGGCGCUGCCUCCAAUGCUUCUGUUGCCUCAAAAAUGUGCUCUUUCUAGCAUGUGCAAGGCGUGAAAUGAAAGCUGAUCAGGAAACGCCUAGUUGUUCUUUGAAUUUUCCAAGUCAUGGUUAUGAGAUUUGUUGUACUCAGCCACGCCUUCCUGUGAUAGGCUGAGGAGUGAGUGUCCAGCAAUUGAGCCUUCUCAGACUGGUAUCAAUGGAAAUGAAAAUAUGGUCAUAAUGAAGGCCAGUAUCAAUUAUUUUUGUCACUGCUUAGAGCCAGAUGACAGCUCGGCAAAUAUAUCCAGCUAUGCUCCACACAGCAGAGGAAAGCAAGAGGAUCCUCUGAACUGCAUGUCCUUGGGCUAUUGCCCUCUUGUGUCCUGACUGACAUAAUCCUUGACCCUUGGUCUUUCAUUGCCACUGUGUGGCAUGUCCCCAGGUUCUUCUUCCUCAUUCAGACUCCUUGUCCUUACCAUUUUACACUGUUUCUACGAGAGCAUGGCUGGUUUUCACCUCCCUGCUCCUGAGUGCUUUCAAAUUGAUUGAGGGUAUGGUAAAGAGGAUGAUUUGUGGGACUGCAGAACAGAUCACGAACAAUAUUCUGAGACGUGGAUUUGAAGUGAAUUAAGCUCUCUCCUAAAGGGCUGUUAUCAUUACAGGCAAAUACAUGUUCAUAUAAGCAAUAGCUGCCAUGGGAAUAGAACUAAAGCUUCCUUUAUAAAGCCUCUAACUCUAAGUUUACUGAAGGCUCAUCUGUUGCCUGGUACGUGAUAAUGGGCAAUUGCAAAGCCGGGUACAGUCUGUACUGUCUCUGCAAUUUAAAUGCCACUAGUGGCUGUGGAGGAGAUGGGAACACAGGUAUUGCUGCCAGCACCAAGAUUGUCCUUGUAAUGGUACUUACAGGGACCAUCAUUCAUGGAGAUAUCUGAGUUUGUACAUCCUCCAUUGUGUAUUAUGGGCUAUUGUCUGAACGGUAUCUGAGCAUCUGGUAGGAAAUACUAUUAGCCACCACAAUGAGUAUCAGUCAGAAUUUCCCAGUGGAUGUAUAUUUAGAGCUUUUUCCUUAAAAUACUGGCAUUAUUUAAAAAUUGUUAGCAAACUCAGCCCAUGAGAUCUUGGUCUGUCCUGAAUGUGUCACUUAAUUAGUGUCAUUGUGGCUGAAGGGCCCGAAAUUUGUAUCGUGCUUUGCACACUUUGAUUGCUAAAGGAGAGAGAUGCCAAGGUGCUUUUGAGAAACUCUGGCAUACAGAUGCAGGGAAUAUAUCUUCAGCAGGAUUUUAUCUUGCCAGAUACAAAGGGAGCAUGAAAAAACAAGAGGGCUUUUCCCUGUCACAAGUUGCUGUAUUUGAUCCUCCCCAUUGCACUCCUUACUUAUGUGUUACGCAAUAUGAAAAGAAACAGAGGAGAGAACUAAGUCUGUGCUGUCAGUUUUAUUGAGGAAGAAUAUUAAUUCAGGAAAGAACCUAGAGUUCUUUGGGUCCAUGUUGUCUCACAGAUGUCAGCCUAUGCUUUACCUGGGCAAGCUGUGGAUGGCAGAUCCAGCACAUGCAGCUUCAUAAUGAUCAUAUUAUCUUCCUCCCAGACCAUAAAAUGCCUGUGCUGCCUGCCAUUAAAACCAGGGACUGCCAAUCCUCCAUGUUUCUCAUAGUACUGCUCUGUGCUGCAUUUACAUGCACCCAAGUGCCUUUCUUGUUGCCUUAUGGGAAAACUUUUAACCACCAUGUGAAUGUUAAAUGUGAAUGACUUGGGAAGGUGUGAUACGAUGUAUUGUGGUAAGGUUUUCCAGAAAGUAAAAGUAACGGAAAUGGUGCCCAGAUUUUUUGGCAUCAACAAAAUAGUUUACUUUAGGCAGGGAUUUAUAUUCUCUUAGUCCCUAGAAGUUUUGACUGCCAAGGCAUCUGGAAUGGAGCCAGCCAAACUCAUAAAAUAAUGUGUCAAAAGAAAAAGAAAAUGUGAUGAAACCUUGGCACCUUAAAACCAUUCUUUCUUUUCCUUCUUGAUCUCAUAUAAGCUGAUCUAUGAACAAGAAGUGAGGUCUGGCAAUUUGUAUAUAGUACGCUCUUAACAGUAUUCCAGUAAGUAAUAGUAUUUUUGGCAUAAUUGGGGAAGUUUCUGCAAGAGAAAAUUACUGGAAAAUUAUAUGUAAUAUUAAAGAUCAGCCGCAAAUGAAAUCUGUAUCCAGACUGUACUUUUAAAGGUGUUUCAGAAUUUGAGCUCAGAUUCAGGUCCUGGGUUUUCAUUAAGCAUGGAUUCUGUAAUGAGAUUUUCAUUACGUAGCUAUUUACAGUUUACUUUGUUAACAACUUCAACUCCAGCCUUCAGCUGAUAUAUCGGACUUCCAAGAUCCUAGCCAGGGGGGAUGUAAUGCAGGCACAUCACAAUAGCUGUAUGGUCAUAAGUGGGCUUGUAUCCAGAGCUGAAAUAAAGCCCUUGCAGACCCUAUGGAGUUGGGAGCACUUGUUUUGUUGCACAGGUGUCACCAUCCACAGCUGUAGACUCAACUUCUGCAGAUUUUCCAACACUUGAGAGUGGGUCUCUAUUGAUACCACAUCUGCAGUCAGCUUCAAGAACCAGGGUUUGGUAGUUGAACAGUGCCAAAAACCUGAAGCUAUCGACCAAUGAGUAAUACUGACUGUGGUUGGAUCUUCCUGAGAGCCCGCUUUACUGAGCCAUUCCUGAGAUCAUCCCCAGGCUCAGACCUGAUGUCGUCUUCACAUUAGGGCCACUAGGUUGUCCUCUGCAACCCUGCAGGAUCAGAUUGAAUCUGAGACUGGAAGCUCUUCUGAAGUUCAGGGUUUUGCAGUUGUACAUAGUGGGUACCAAAUUCCUGUCCUCCAUCACGACUCUUUAAACACAAGGUUUUAAGGAAAGAUUUUAUUAUUACUUUUUAAUUGUUCCUUGGUUUUGUUUGCUUGAUUUUCUGUGAAGCAUUAAGAGGGGUAGAGCUGUGUAAUGGGAUAUGGGCCUCGCCCCAUAUUUGAAGUUUUGUGUGAGAGCUAAACUGAUUGUUCUUGGCAUUGUGGAAGGGACCUUCCUAGGAAGAUGGUCACAUCAUCUGCAGACUUGCAAGGAUUAUUUCAGAGGCCCAGGAACAUUUAGUUUCCUGUGAAGAGUUUGAAGACUCACUAAGUCUGCAGAUGGACUGGUUUGAAUCAUGGUGUGAUAUCACAAGCUUUUGUGGACUUCUACUAGUGGAAGAUGAGAAGUGGCUAAACUUUCCUUAUUCUUCCCAUGUUUUGCGCAGCUUCUGUUAAGUUCAGGAGUGUAGCUAGGUGUGAAAUGGUUGGGUGAGCAAAGUUUGGAAUUGCCUAAUGGAAAAGAGGGUCAUGGAUGGUGUUAGUCCAUGUGGGAGCUGCCUUAUUUGAGUGAAGGUAAACAGAAAUGAGUAUUUUAUCUUAUAAACCAUAUUCCUCUGGGGCUGCCCAUCCUAUGCUAUCACUUCUGAAAGACUGACGCACUUCUUUUGUCACCUUUAGAGCUUCAGAGGAGCUUAGAUCUGCAUUAGAGGACAUUUAUAAAGCCCUGCAACAUUUUCCCUCACCCAGAGUCCAAAAGGUGCAAUCAAAGUCUUUUUUCUGUAUGAAUUCUGAAAUGCCUGAAAUGGUGAAUAUUGUGUUAAAUUUAUAUAUAUAUAAGAAUAUUAUAUAUAAAUAUAUUAAAAAGGAAAUGUAAUUAAAAUGAAGGAGUUGUCUAAAAAGAAUCCUACACAUCUGUGAAACUUGGGCUGAUGCAUGAAACUAUUUUGUUUUGCAACUUUUCUAGCACUGAAAGCGUGAGACCAACUGGCUUUCUGCCCUUAGAGAAGCUAAUUAAUUCUGCCUAGUCUGCGGUGGGUAGAAGGUCUGAAUCUGCCUUCCUCAGUGGGAUCAUAUCCUGGGAGAGGAGGGUUGAAAUCAUGAGAGAAGAGAAUGCAAAGACUGCCUCAGCUUUCAAUGACAAGCUUCUACCCAGUCCUUGAAAACACACCCAAUCUACCAGAGCACAUAUUCCCUUUUGGGCAGGCCCAGGUUUUGCAGUUGUACUUUUUGCUUCUCUCCAUCUCUAAAAAAAAUAAAAUAAAAUCUCCAGGGGUGGGGGAGAAGCUGCAGCUGAUCUCAAUUCUGUUUAGCUUAUGCUUGCUCCUAAUCAUAUAAAGACUUGGUGGUAACUAGUUGUGCUCCAAGAAAGGAAUGGAAAGCUUGUCACCAAAUUCAACUGGAGAUGGAGUGGGACUUCCACAGGCUCGGAAGGAAAGGAUGGUAGGAAGCAAAUGCUUCCUAUGGGCUCCGUGCAGUAGCCCAGACCUUGGAUAUUGCUCCUGCAGGCACUGGUCUCCUUCAAAACAUUCUUUGCUUCCAGGUCAAGGGAAGAAUUGGAAAUCAGACACUGUGAAAAAGACUGUCCCCAUCUCGCUGGCUCUGGUUUUUGAUUAUUUCUCCUGCUAGCCCUGUUGGAUUGUAAUUUUGUUAAGCUUUGUUCUCUGUGUGGACUUGUCUGCCUUUGUGCCUUAUUGCUUAAAAAAAAAAGAGAAAAAAGGAAACAUCCACAAAAAAAGGUGUUUUGCCAGGUCUCAGCCAUGAGAUUAAACUGGAGUUUUUAUAAAAACA